GGUGAGGUGCAAUUAUUCAUGCCAUGAAUUUCAUCCUAAGCAAGUGAGAAUUGCAAAAAAUUCCUCUUCCCCUACAUCCACAAAAAGCAGAAAAAAGGGCAUACAAGCAAAAGCUAUUAGAGAGACUAUAAUAAAAUCUAUAUAAUUUGAUGCAAAAUUCACUAAGCGAUUGAUUCCCACUCUCUCAUUGUGAUAGAUACCCAAACUCACACCCCCUACCAAAAAAAAAAAAAAGACUUCUUUCUCUCUCUGCGUAUAUUUCUUUCUCCCUGCAACUCUCCCCUUCUUGUUCUCUCUCAAUGACCAACUCAUAGAGAGAGAGGUAGCGAUGAAGAACACCAUUAAAUGCUGUAUCUCUUGCAUUCUACCAUGUGGAGCUCUAGACGUGAUUCGAAUAGUACACUGUAAUGGUCGGGUAGAAGAAAUUAGUGGCACAAUCCAAGCAAGCGAGAUCAUGAAAGCAUACCCAAAGCACGUCUUGAAAAAGCCCUCUUCUCCCUCCGACGAUGGUGUGGUUCCAAAGAUCGUUAUAGUCCCACCUGACGCAGAGCUUCAGCGUGGAAAGAUCUAUUUUCUAAUCCCAGUUCCAUCAACCCCAGAGAAGAAGCCUCCUCGAUCAAGAAAUUACAGCAGCAGGAGAAAAAGAAGAGAGAAUAAUAACAACAACGAUCAUAAUAACAGUGAAACCAACAGCCUAAGCAAUAACGUCGUCAGCAACUCCAUUUCAAUGACCACAAACCUUCUCAUUUCUGAUCGGUACUUGAGUGAGAUACUAUCAGAGAAGCUAUCAACUCAGAGAGAUCGAAGAAGAGGUCGUGUUGGGGUGUGGAGGCCACACUUAGAAAGCAUAUCUGAGACGCCAAAUGAUUCUUGAUGGAGAUUCUUGAUGAGUUUGUAAUAAGCUAUGAUUUUUCUUUCUUUGUGAUUCAUUUCCAUUAGGGUUCAAGAACUGCAUAUUAUAUUCAUUUGCCUUUUCUUUC